AUGCUUGGCUUUGCGACCGCGGCCAUCAUCUCCGUUUGGUUCUCGGCACCCCUCUACGGAAUUAAUUGCUUGCUUACAGUGUUUUGUGCAUAUGCGUUGGCGCGGAGGGGCGUCUUCAAGGGUAGCAAUUGGGCUCUGGCGAUUGUCAUCGGCGUUCAGUGGAUUCUUUGCACGGGCCAUAUCAUCUCGUUAUUUGCUCAGCUCAUCCACGGAUUUAUCCAUCCACCUACACCUCCCCCUCUUGGUUCGGCAGCGAGAAACUCUUCCCACCUUCCAGAUAACGCGACUGCGUCAAGCUUCUACUUUCAGGACCAGUGUACACCGGAACAUACUGCCGAAGUUGCCUUCUACGUUCUCAACGGUGUAAUGGCUGAUUGCUUUAUGGCCUGGCGCGUGUACGUCAUCUACGACAGGAAGAUCUGGCUGAUCGCACCUUUCAUGAUCAUCAACCUCAUCACUUUAGUCUUCGGUGGAUUGGUGGUCCGAGCCCAAAGCGGAGUGGGGUAUGACCUGGCUCUCUACUUCACUGGCGCCGUUCGCCAGCGGGCUCUCGUCGUUUGGGCGUUGUCGGUGGGGACCCAGACAGCGGGCACCUUGCUCAUCUCCUAUCGAGAGCUUUCCACUCCCGUACACGUCCCGUCCUCCAGGACGCCGCGCUACUGCACACUGAAGUCCGCCGCGUGCGCCGUGGUCGAUUCUGGGGCAGCAUAUAUACUGGGUGUCAUCAAGACCCUGGCCUUCUAUCUACACAGGCGCACGGAAGGCGCCGUGAUAGUGGCCAUCCUUGGUCAGAUCGCCGUAACCGUCCCGCUCACAAUCAUCGCGCGCGAGUGGUGGAAAGUGGUCAGACCAGGAUUCAGGCAGGGCUCACUUCUUCCGCGCAGCGCGCUCAUUCGCGACCGUCAUGACAUGCAACCUCAGGAGGCGCUUCGCCUAGCUCCACGUCGCUCUCAAGAUGCCGAAGGGGUGAACGUGUGCGUUGUGAAGUCGACGCAUAUGGACAUUCACUCGAUCACAACAUGUGACGAAGGUCUGAAGAAUGCUCAAUUGGGUAGCUUUUCUGAAGUAUGA